CCAGGCCUGGCUCCGCGGCGGUCGUGAGGACGGACUUUCCGAGCAGCAUGCCGUCCGCGUUCUCGGUCAGCUCUUUCCCUGUCAGCAUCCCCGCCGUCAUCACGGAGACAGACUGGACUGAGCCCUGGCUCGUCGGGCUUGCCAUCUUCCACGUGCUCUGCCUGCUUUUCACAUGCUUCUCAUCCCAGAGUUAUAAACUACAGAUUGGGCAUUUCCUGUGCCUGGUAAUUUUGGUCUACUGUGCUGAAUACAUCAAUGAAAUGGCGGCAAUGAACUGGAGGUUAUUUUCAAAAUACCAGUAUUUUGAUUCCAGGGGGAUGUUCAUUUCCAUAGUGUUUUCAGCCCCACUACUGCUCAAUGCCAUGAUCAUUGUGAUUAUGUGGGUCCGUAAGACUUUGAAUGUAAUGACUGACCUGAAGAACUUACAAAAGAAAAGAAAGGAGAAAGGAAGAAGAAAAGAAGAGUAAUGUGGUCCAGCUGCGUUGGGGUUCUGUGCCGGUUCCUUCUCGCUCACGUUGUUUCCAAUGUCAAAGUGGUGCAGGCAUCGCUCUUAGCACCUGGCCAUGCAUUUGAAAAGUGGUCCUUUUAUUUUGAUAUCCACUGUGAUAGAGCACACGUUGAAGUCAGCUUUUAAGACAAGCACCACCUGUGUCCAUCAGGAUGUCUGUAAAACCUGGACCGUCUUCAUUGUGCUCGGGGUCUUUGCAGUCACACUGUGGUCUGGUCUCGCCACAGUGCUUCAUAAUUGGAAGUUUGAAGAAGCUCACAUCAUUUAUGCAACUAGUAUUAACUGUGGAGUUGUUGGUCAAUAUUAAAUACAUGAAACUCA